AUGUUCUUCCUUCACAAUCUCGAGCGGCGUGUCCUGCUGCACCCAUCCUACUUUGGCAAAAACAUGACCGAGCUGGUCACGACGAAGCUGGUCAAGGAUGUUGAGGGAACAUGCACGGGCGACUAUUACAUCAUCGCAAUCAUGGAUACCUUCGAUCUGUCCGAGGGGCGCAUUCUCCCCGGCAGCGGCAUGGCCGAGUUCACAGUGGGCUACCGCGCGGUCGUGUGGAGGCCGUUCAAGGGCGAAGUUGUCGAUGCCAUCUGUACUAGUGUUAAUCAGCAUGGUUUCUUCUCCAACGCCGGCCCAUUGAGCAUCUUUGUCUCUACUCACUCGAUACCGCCUGAUAUCCAAUACGACGCAAACGCCACACCUCCUCAGUUUACCAACCACUCCGAUAUAGUAAUCGAGCCUGGGACGCACGUGCGCAUCAAGAUCAUGGGUUUGCGCACGGGGGUGGGGGAGAUGUUUGCCAUUGGAAAGAUUGACGGUGAUUAUCUCGGUCGUGAGAUGGUCUGGCGUAGGAAGUGUACCAAGGCGGUCGGGGACAGGAUGUGUCUGAGGACAGGCACGGCAGCGUCGGCUACUAAAAAAAUGACUCCGAUCGGCACAUGGGCAACACGAAUGGGGUUGACCAGUCAAGCUCCAGUAUCGAGCUUACUAGCACAUAACAUCACAAAGCUAGCGACAACGGAGGGUUGCUUUGGGAGGCAUCAGCGAGAAUUGGGGUUUCCAGUAGUGGUGAGCAAGUAA